CAUCGUCUGUUUAAGGUGAAAGGAUUUGGAGGACGUUCUAGGAAGUAGUAAGUGUUGGUUAGCAAGCUAGCAAGCUACAAGGAUAAUUUAAAGUUACCAUUUGUUGUCUGCUUCUACCGGUAUUAAUGCACGUAAAGGAACAUCGGUAAGGCUAAAAUGGCCAAGAGUGGAGAAAUCAUACACCUAAACGUUGGAGGGAAAAGAUUCAGCACAUCGAGGCAAACACUGACAUGGGUCCCAGAUUCUUUUUUCUCAAGCCUCCUCAGUGGCCGGAUUUCCACACUGAAAGAUGAGACUGGAGCAAUCUUUAUAGACAGAGACCCAUCACUUUUUGCUCCAAUUCUCAACUUUCUUCGCACCAAAGAAUUGCAUCCCAGAUCAAUAAAUGUGCAUUUACUGUUGCAUGAAGCGGAGUUCUAUGGAAUUACACCUUUAGUCCGGAAGCUCCAGCUUUGUGAUGAAUUUGACCGAUCAUCCUGUGGAAACGUCCUUUUCAAUGGUUACCUCCCUCCUCCAGUGUACCCUGCAAAGAGACAGAAUCGGCACAGUGUGGCAGGACCACAGUUCAUGGGAGGACGGUCUAGUGCCAUGGACAGGACGCCCGUUAGACGCAGUAAUACAAUGCCACCCAAUCUGGGUCAUGCUGGCUUGCUGGGAAAAGUUCUGGUGGAGGAAAGGACUUGUGGUCAGGUUGGUGAUACUGGGAUGGUGCGCAUCGUAUGUGGUCAUCACAACUGGAUUGCUGUGGCCUAUGCUCAAUUUGUGGUCUGUUACAGGAUGAAGGAGUCCUCAGGCUGGCAGCAGGUCUUCACCAGUCCACGGCUUGAAUGGGUGAUUGAUAGAGUGGCACUCAAUGCCAAGGUCAUGGGUGGCUCCUUGGGCGACAAUGACAAGAUGGUGGCAGUGGCCUCUGGUACAGAGAUCAUACUGUGGACUGUGCGUCCUGAUGGAAAUGGCAGUGAAGUUGGUACGUUCAGUCUGAAUGUUUCGGUUGACUCGCUUUUCUUUGUGGGAAACCAGCUAAUUGCCACCAGCCACAUUGGAAAGGUUGGGGUUUGGAAUGCUGUCACCAAACACUGGCAGAAUCAGGAUGUGGUUCCCAUUAGUAGUUAUGACACGGCUGGUUCCUUUCUUCUUCUCGGAUGUAAUAAUGGAUCUAUAUAUUAUAUAGAUGUGCAGAAGUUCCCACUGAGGAUGAAAGACAAUGACCUCCUUGUCACAGAGCUGUACCGUGACCCCAGUGAGGAUGCUAUUACUGCGCUCAGUGUUUACCUCACGCCCAAAACAAGCGACAGUGGAAACUGGAUCGAGAUUGCUUAUGGUACCAGCUCAGGCACAGUGCGGGUCAUCGUCCAGCACCCUGAGACUCUUGGUUCCGGGCCCCAGUUAUUUCAGACAUUCUCGGUCCACCGGAGUCCUAUCACAAAGAUCACGCUCUCUGAGAAGCAUCUCACCUCUGUCUGUGCAGACAAUAACCACGUGCGUACCUGGACUGUGACCCGCUUCAGAGGCAUGAUUUCUACUCAGCCUGGCUCCACCCCACUCACCUCCUUUAAGAUCUUGUCACUGGACGACGUAGACGGGCACGGGAGCUGCAGUGCUGGGACAGACAUUGGGCCUUACGGGGAGAGGGAUGAUCAGCAGGUAUUCAUCCAGCGAGUGGUACCCGACACGGACAGAGUCUUUGUGCGCUUCUCGUCCAAUGGCAAGAGAGUGUGUGAGGUCCGUUCGGUCGACAGCACCGCCAUCACAGCAUUUGUGGUCCAUGAGUGCGAGGGUUCCAGUCGCAUCGGCUCCCGACCACGGCGGUACCUCUUCACGGGGCACAGCAAUGGCAGCAUUCAAAUGUGGGACUUGACCACUGCCAUUGAGAUCACUGGAAAGGUGGACACAAAUGAUCUCGGGGGGCCCACGAAAGAGGAACUCUUGGAGCUGCUUGACUUGUGUGACCUGGCGUUGACGCGCACUCCAGAUAUGAGCCCAGCAGCCUCCAUCACUCAGUCCACUCACCGUGCCUCCACCCACAGCCUGCAGUCCCAGAUGGCUGAGAACCCCCGUGAUUUUGGGACAAGGGGCUUGGCCCCCUUCACCGGCAGCCUACCUCGGCACGCGUCACCUGUGUCAUUUAACAAGCCACGGGAAAUGGCCUUGGGUGGCGCCUUGGGAGGUCUGUCCCUCCACCCUCAACACAUGGGCCUCAGUCAGGUCUCCUUGAACAUUCCUGGCAGCCCUCGCCCUCCACGGGCACCUCUUGAGUGGAAGUCGCCACCCUGCGCUAAGGACUGUCUGGGAUCCCUGCGUCGGGGCAGUUUCGUGGAGCGCUGCCAAGAGUUGGCCAAGAAUUCCGAUUUAACCAGCGCAGAGAGCGGACGCCGCAGCCUGGCCGCAUGCAGUGAUCUGGAGCAGAGGCUCAGCCUCAGAGUGCCCUCUUUAUCUUCUACCAGUGCAACUGCUUCUACCCUGCAUAAGACUGUAACACCUGUGCCCAGUGCAGCCAGUGCUGCCAUGCCAACUCGAACUCAACCACCCCUUUCUCCUCAGCAGGGCAAUUCAGCGGAGGCCUCGACAGUUCAAACCACUGGACCUAACUCUCAACCCUCCACCAGUCCUAAACCACACAUUAAUGAAACCAGCUUCUAGAUUGCCGUCUAGAAACUCGUAUGAUUAUUUUUAUGACGAGACAUCUCAUUGUCGUUGGACAGGUCCAGUUGGUCUCAGGAGGUGAAUAAAUAAUCCGCAGUCACUAUAAGGAUUAGAUACGUUGUUAUAUGUGGAACGGCUGAAAUGCAGAACCUUCUUAUAUACUUGUUAACAAUAAUCACAACAGACCAAGAAUGCAACAAACUUCAGUAUUUUGUUUUUUGAAAAUCAACAUUAUAAAGGUGUGUUUGUUUUUUUUUUUUUUUUUUUUAAUUACUGCUUUAAAACCAAAGACUAUUUUGUAUUUCUGUCAUUAAUUUUGCAGUCCCUGUUUCUGUAUUUUUUUAAGUAAUGAACGAACUUCAAAAGUUGUUUUUAUAAGUUUGAACAGGCCUAAAAAUCUUAAGUCUAAAUGAUUGUAGAUAAAGAUGUAUUGCAGCCUUCAUACAUUUUAUUAAAUGCAGAUUAGAUGGAAACAUUUUUGAAGCAAGCUGUAUUAACUAUACAAAGGAAAUUUAUAGGGAAAAAUGAGUUCAGGGCGACUCGCAUCUGAACAAGCUGGACAGUGCCGACAAUCAUGCGAAGUGUAGCUGAAAUGAGACACGCCUUUCUAUGACGUGCCUCAGAGAUCUUUUCACUGUUAGACGUUUCAAUCCCAGCCUUCUCUCUUAACUUUGUAAUUAUGCAUGAGGUGAUUUUUCUAAUAUUUAUGAUACUGGUGAAUGUUUCAAUUGUUUUGGGAGCUGUGUUGUAUAUAUUGAUUUAAGUAUGUUUGAAAUUUCCUGUCUUGGUUAAUAUAUUUUAUAAAUGCCUGUGUAAGAUUUGCUUCUAUCAGGUACUCCACAUGGGGGUAAAAGGGUAUCUUAAUUUGGAAUGUGCACUGUAUGUUGAGAUUGGUGAAUGGACAAUUUGUUAGCUACACGUCGGAGAAGAUUUAUUGUCAUUCUUACUGUUGAACAGUUUUAUUUACUUAAUGCUUCAGUGCAUAACCAAUACAUGCAACGUUUUCAGUCAUCCA